AUGCGCGAACCAAGACACACGUUGUCCAAAUCGAUCGAACCGAACGAGCAAAUCCUCCCGAGCCUACCUCUGAACGCCGACCUUGGUAUUACGAUGACACUUGAGAGCAAACCCCGGCGCUCUACAAAGAAGUACCGCGCGGUCAAGCGGCCUGACGGUAUCAUUGUCGAGCAUCCUCGGUAUCGACCAGCAGGCACGUCGCAGAAGUCCACAAGAAAUCCCGAACGGAACUUGGUCUCAUUAGAUCACGUCGGUACACAAGAAAAGCACACACAAGGAGCAGGUCCGAACAGUAUGGAGCACGACCUCAUGGGUACAGGCAUGGGCAUGGACAUCUCUGUUCGCGCCGUGCCCGUCGAUGCUACGGGCAGUGACAACUACACUAGACUGGGGAGAGGGAGGGGAGGAUACAACGAGAUUGCGCGCGAGCUCACACCUGCUCAUAUCAUGGCAAACGGGUGCAAACAGCAGUCCUAUGCCGACUUUAAUCCGAUGGCUCGCUUCCUUAGCGAGCGAGGCGCGGCGAAACCCAAGAAGGCCAUAAAUCUCUGCGCUACUCACUACAGUCACCAGUCGUAUUUCUCCAGCAAGAUGGCGGUACUUGAUGUCUUCCAGCGGUUUUCAGAUAUCAACCCCCUCUUCUUCGCAAUAGUCGGACUAGCCUUGACAGUGUGCGCUAUUGGCGCACUAUCCUACUCGCAUCGCGUCCCUAAGAAUGCGCCACCUCAAGUCAAAGACGAUCUUCCAGUCGUCGGAGCUCUUGGUUUCUGGACCCGAAGAUGGGAAUGGUGGAGCGAGCGACGCGACCAGUCCAAGACGGGUACCUUCUCUUUCCAUGCUGGACCGAACAUGAUUGUUGCGCUUUCUGGAGACAAAGGGCGCCAGCUGUUCUUCGAGUCGAAAGAUCUGGGCUUCACCGAAGGAUAUGCUGUAUUGUUCGGUAACUCGCCCAAAGUUUCCAGGACCAUCACCGCCGAGGAUAAUAAUCUCAGCUUCAGCGCCAUGUUCCAUCGCCGUCUUAACUUCUUCUUGAAGAACGACCAAUUCCGUCGCAAGCUGCCUAUCUUGAUAUCCGACACAAAGCAAGCUCUCGAAGCCAUCAAGAAUGAGCCCAGCGGCCGUACCAAUCCGUUCGAGAGCCUGUACCGGAUCGUCUUCCGCCUCACCAUCCGCAUGGUAGGCGCUACUGAGAUUGCCGAAGACCCUCAGAUGCUGGAGGAGGUUCUAAAGAUGUUUGAGACGAUUGAAAGCAGCUCUACCGCUACGUCAGUCUUGUUCCCGAAGCUCCCUUCACCGGCUCUCUUGAAACGGAACUGGGCAGGAGCGCAACUCUAUAUGAUGAUCGACAAAAUCAUCAAGAAGCGUGCGGCAAGCGACGAGAAGCACGAUGAUGCGCUGCAGUACUUGCUGGAUCAGGGUGAUCGCGCCGAGAGAGUCUCUCAGUUCGUCAUUGGAGCGUUGUUCGCUGGUCUACUCAACAGCGGUAUCAAUGUAGCCUGGGUUAUGUCCUAUCUAGCGACCUCACCCGAGUGGCUCGCCAAAGCGAACGACGAAGUCCGCAGCAAUGCGGCGAGGUACACUAAGGAUCCGAACGCACCCUUGCUCCAGCAGCUCGACGACAUACCUAUAGAGGCAUGGGAAGGCGAGUUCCCAGUCAUCGACAUGUGUCUGCGAGACUCCCUACGUCUGAACCUUCUUGGCACGGCCUUCAGGCGGAACAUCAGCGGCAAGAACAUACCCACGGGUAACGGCGACGAAGUCAUACCACCCGGCGCAUUCGUCACAUACGCCCCGGGCGACAUACACUAUGAUCCAGAGAUCUAUCCCGACCCACAGAAGUGGGAUCCGGCUCGAUACAUGCCAGAUCGUGCGGAGGACAAGAAGAAGGCAGCACAUGGCUUCCUUGGCUGGGGGUCAGGACGGCAUCCGUGUUUAGGCAUGCGCUUUGCGAAACUCGAGCAAAAUGUUAUCACGGCGUACUUUAUUGCUACCUUUGACUUCAAACUUGAAGACGAGAGUGGCAACGUGCUUACUGUCGCCCCUUUGGUUGACCCUAAUUGGCAUUCUGCGCACAAGCCCAAGGAGCUGCAAUUCCUUAGGGUUACAACGAAGGAGAUGUAG